GGGCCUCAUGUGCCGUUCUUCUCCAGCCGAUGUCCCUUGGUUGCACUGCAUCGUACGCUGAGAUAAUUAAUAGUCAGUCAUGACCCUUCCAAGUAAAAAUAUCGAGUAUGGCACAAAAGAAUAUUGGGAUCACAGAUAUAGCCAGCAUUCGGAUAGUGCAACUUUUGACUGGUUCAAAUCAUACGCAGAAGUAGCACAUCUCAUUCGAGAAUAUGUUCCCGACAAGUCCUCGAAAAUACUAAUGCUCGGCUGCGGGAACUCUUCUCUCUCUGAGGACAUGUGGCAGGAUGGAUACAAGAAUAUCGUGAAUAUUGAUUAUUCGUCAGUAGUCAUUCAACAGAUGAAGCAGAAAUAUGGCUCCAUCAGGCCAGGUAUGGAAUGCGCUCUAUCUUUCGGCAAUGCAUCUUUUGAUGUAGCGAUCGAUAAAGGUGAGCUCUGCGGGAAUCUGAGCACUGUAGUCGUUGAUGAUGUCGCGAUAGGUACGAUGGAUGCCAUGAUGGC